AUGGCAAACAAACAGAGUCUGCAGUCGAAACAUAAACUGUUAUCAGGCCAUGAAAUUCCGGUCAUUGGAUAUGGGAUCGACUCAGCGAUAAUGUACGGAAACGAGAAAGGCUGCGGCCGUGCAGUCCAGAACUCCGACCUCGACCGAUCCGAGAUCUUUCUUACUACCAAGAUCCCGCCAGGAUCAAUGGGCUACAAGCCAACAGCACGAGCCAUCGACAAUAGUCUACAAGAAGCAGCGACCAACUACUUUGACCUGAUCCUACUCCAUGCUCCCUAUGGUGGUAAAGAAGCCCGACUAGGCUCUUGGCGUGCCCUAGUUGAGGCGCAAAAGGCAGGGAAAGUCCGAUCCAUUGGCGUAUCCAACUUCGGCAUCCACCACCUCGAAGAGCUGGAGGAGUACAUACAGAACGGCGGUGGUGGUGAGAUCAGUGUCGGGCAGUGGGAAUUGCACCCGUGGCUGGAUCACUCCGAUAUUGCAGAGUGGUGUCAGAACCGCGGGAUUGUAGUUGAAGCGUAUUCACCUCUUGCGCAUGGAGUAAGACUGCGGGAACCCAUGUUGGCGCGCAUUGCGAAGAAGUAUGGGAAGUCGCCAGCUCAGGUUAUGAUUCGGUGGAGUUUGCAAAUGGGAUUCGUGCCUUUGCCUAAAUCUGAGACGCCGCAGCGAAUCCGUGAGAAUACGGAAGUAUUUGACUUUGAACUUGAUGAUGAGGAUAUGACGUUACUUGAUACGGGGGAAUACUCGCCGACAGACUGGGAUCCGACUGUAGAUGAGGAUUAA